AUGGCUCAACUCAAGACGACCCUGCUCGGCCUUAUCGCGCUCUUUACCUCCUACGCGUUUGCAGUCUCUCCUCUAGUUGUUCAAGGUUCCGACUUUGUGAACAGUGUCGAUGGCACCCGUUUCCAGAUCAUUGGUGUUGCGUAUCAGCCCGGUGGGUCAUCCGGCUUCAAUCCCGGCUCUGGCAUUGACCCGUUGAGCGAUGCCGACGUCUGCCUUCGAGAUGCUGUCCUCAUGCAGAGACUGGGUGUGAACGCUAUUCGUGUUUACAACCUUGAUCCAGACCUGGACCAUUCAGCCUGCGCCUCCAUCUUCAACGCCGCUGGCAUCUACAUGAUUCUGGAUGUCAACAGCCCUCUGCCAAACCAGUCUCUGAACCGAGGCGCACCGUGGGAGUCAUACAGCUCAUUAUAUUUGGAGCGUGUCUUCGAUGUGGUGGAAUCCUUCAUGCACUUCAACAACACGCUGGGCUUCUUCAGUGGUAACGAGGUCAUCAACGAAGAUUCUGUACCUCAAGUACCCUCCUACAUCCGAGCCGUUACCAGAGACCUCAAGGACUACAUCGCCAGGCAAGCCCCUCGCGAGAUCCCGGUCGGCUACUCUGCUGCCGACGUCCGUCCCUUGCUUAUGGGCACCUUCAACUAUCUGUCUUGCGGAUUGGACAACGACACGAGCUCCAAGAUCGACUUCUUCGGUCUCAACUCCUACUCGUGGUGUGGUGAUGCCACAUUCCAGUCUUCUGGCUACGAUGUCUUGGUUGGCGAUUUUAGUAACACCACUAUCCCAAUCUUCUUUUCCGAGUACGGCUGCAAUCUCGUCACUCCUCGCCAGUUCAGUGAGGUCCCUGCCUUGUACUCCGAAGAUAUGACAAAGGUCUUCUCCGGUGGGCUCAUCUACGAAUACAGUGAAGAGCCCAACAACUAUGGUCUUGUCAACCUGAACGAGAACGGGACGGUGUCAAUCCUGCAAGAUUACAACAAUCUCCGGGAGCAGUACAACUCGCUAGAUGUCGCUGUACUUGAAAGAGCCAAUGCUACCGCAACCUCAUUGACCCCACCAGUCUGUGCUAUCAGCUUGCUUGCUGGGACGAAUUUCAGUAACAGCUUUGACAUCCCUGCUCGUCCCGAUGGUGUCGACGACUUGAUACAGAACGGCGUUAGCGGCAACUUUCCUACUGGAACUUCAUCGGUUACGGCUACCCAACCUACACAGACUGUGUAUGACUCCAAUGGCCUGGAGAUUACUGGCCUUGAACUGAACAUCUUGCCCAACGACGAGAGCAACUUGCCCGGGAACAAUACUAGUGGUAGCACACCGGCAACGCCUUCAUCGUCGGGGUCUCCAUCGGGUACCAGUGGAGGUAGCCAGCCGUCGGAUACCAAUGGUGCCGCGAGAAUUGGCGACGUCACAGCAGGAUCACUUGUCAUGGGUGUGUUGGCGGUCAGUCUAUUAAUGCAGUGA